GCACCGGGAAGCGCGCCGUGGGCCGGACGCUGCUCGGUGCCGCCUCCCUGCUGGGCCUGCUGACGCGGAGCUGCCGGGCGCUGGGCCCGUGUGUGGGCUGAAGGCCGGAGGAUGGACGCGGUGUUCCGCAGUGAGGAGAUGUGCCUGGCCCAGCUCUUCCUGCAGGCCGCCUCGGCCUACGACUGCGUCAGCGAGCUGGGGGAGGCCGGCCUGGUGGAGUUCCGAGACCUCAAUCCUAAUGUGACCACCUUUCAGCGCAAGUUUGUCAGUGAGAUGAGGAGAUGUGAGGAAAUGGAGAAGACUCUAGGUUACUUGUUGCAAGAAAUUAAAAGGGCAGAUAUAACUCUGAUGGAUGGUGAAGUGAAUCCUGUUGCCCCGCUGCCGAAGCAUGUUUUAAAGAUACAAGAACAACUGCAGCAGCUGGAGGCAGAGCUGAGAGAGGUGACUAAAAACAAGGAGACUCUGAAGAGGAAUUUUCUCGAGCUUACUGAGUAUAAUCACAUGCUGAGAGUAACCCAGGACUUCGUGAAAAGAACCUCGGAACUCGAUCUCUUGUCCCAAGCUCAAUAUGAAGAGUUUCCUUCUUUGGACAAAGAACAGCUUAUGGAUUAUACAAAUAUGCAGCGACUUGGAGCUAAAUUAGGAUUCAUAGCUGGAGUGAUUCACCCGUGGAAGGUUGGACCAUUUGAGCGGAUGCUUUGGCGAGUUUGCAAGGGUUAUACAAUCCUGACUUACGAAGAGUUAGAGAUUCCUCUCGAAGAUCCAGACUCUGGCGAGAAUGUAAAAUGGGUCGUGUUUUUAGUGUCGUACUGGGGCGAGCAGAUUGGCCACAAGGUGAAGAAGAUAUGUGAUUGUUAUCACUGCCAUGUCUACCCCUACCCAAACACAAACCAGGAGAGGAUGGACAUUGUGGCUGGCCUCAACACUCGAAUCCAAGACCUCCACACUGUAUUGUAUAGAACUGAGGAAUAUCUGCAGCAAGUUUUAUUGAACGCAUCUGAAUCCAUCCACACCUGGCUGGUUCAGGUGAAGAAAAUGAAAGCCAUCUACCAUAUUCUGAACCUCUGCAGUUUUGAUGUCACCAAUAAGUGUCUGAUUGCUGAGGUCUGGUGUCCGGUGGCUGAUCUGUCCAAGGUUCGCCAAGCUUUGGAAGAAGGAUCUAGGAAAAGCAGUGCCACUGUUCCAUCGUUUGUGAACCGGAUACCCACAGCAGACACUCCCCCAACACUCAUCCGCACAAAUAAAUUCACUUCUGGAUUUCAAAAUAUUGUAGAUGCUUAUGGAGUUGGAAACUACCAGGAAGUUAACCCAGGUCCUUACACCAUUGUCACCUUUCCUUUCCUGUUUGCGGUGAUGUUCGGAGACUUUGGGCAUGGUUUGAUCAUGACUGUGUUUGCACUAUGGAUGGUGCUGUCUGAAAACAACUCGAAACUGAGGCGCACGAGGAAUGAGAUCUGGAACACAUUUUUUGAUGGUCGUUACAUCAUCCUGAUGAUGGGAAUAUUUACUUUGUACACUGGCCUUAUCUACAACGACUGCUUUUCAAAGUCAUUGAAUAUAUUUGGGUCUGGAUGGAGUGUCAAGAAUAUGUUUGUGAAUGAAAGUAGGAUGUUUAUUGAAGUUGAGCAUAAUCAGUUCUUAGGCUUGGAUCCUAAUGUUACUGGUGUUUUCAAAGGACCUUAUCCUUUUGGCAUUGAUCCAAUUUGGAACUUAGCAAGUAAUCGUCUCAGCUUUCUGAAUUCAUUUAAAAUGAAAAUGUCGGUUAUCCUUGGUAUUACCCACAUGACAUUUGGAGUCGUUCUGGGAGUCUUCAAUCAUUUGCACUUUAAGAAUAAUUCUAACGUCUACCUGGUAUUUCUUCCGGAGUUAGUCUUCAUGAUAUCUCUCUUUGGAUACCUUGUGUUUAUGAUCAUUUAUAAAUGGUUGGCCUAUUCUGCUGCAAACUCGGAUCUGGCUCCAAGCAUCCUGAUUCAUUUCAUCAACAUGUUUGUGAUGCAAAGUAAUGAAAAUAUACAACUUUACCCUGGGCAGAAAGGAUUCCAAGUGUUCUUGGUCGUGGUUGCUCUGUUAUCUGUUCCAGUUUUGCUGCUUGGGAAACCUGGGUAUUUGUACUGGAAGCACCAUGGAGGAAGGAGCUUUGGGACAUACAGAAAAGGUUACACACUUGUACGAAGAGGAAGUGAAGAAGAGAUGUCACUACUGAGAGCUCAUGAAAUGGAACAGGGAGAUAACCAUUCAAACCAUUCAGGACAUGCAGAUGGAACUGAACAGGAGUUCAAUUUUGGUGAUAUUUUCAUGCAUCAAGCUAUUCACACCAUAGAGUAUUGUCUGGGCUGUGUGUCUAACACUGCCUCAUAUUUGCGGCUUUGGGCUCUCAGCCUGGCUCAUGCUCAGCUGUCUGAGGUCCUGUGGGGGAUGGUGCUGCACAUGGGUCUUCGAAUGGACAGUGAUUUCGGUUCCUUGUUAUUGUUCCCCGUCUUUGGCCUCUUUGCAGUUCUUACUGUCGCCAUUCUGCUCAUUAUGGAGGGGCUCUCAGCAUUCCUUCACGCUCUCCGAUUGCAUUGGGUGGAAUUUCAAAACAAGUUCUACAAUGGCAAUGGAUACAAAUUUUCUCCAUUCUCCUUCGAGCUGCUUACUCGUAACUUUGAUGACUUUGUCUAGAAUCGUGCUACGUGCAUGUGGAUUUCACGAGUGUCAGUGGCAUGAUCAUGUGACACUCAUGGCUUCUCAUGGCAAAUAUUUUGCACUGAAUGCCUUACCAAAUAAUACAUCAGUUUCCCUGCUAAAGAUUGAUGAAUACUUGUAUUGAAAUCUCAGGUACUUACAAA